UAAAUAUGUAUUCUUAUUAAAAAAAUAUUUGCAAAUUGUGGAUUAUCAAAGUUUGGAGAAAUAGUACAAAAAAAAAAGAAAUAAAUUAUAAAACAUUUUUUGUUCUUCUAUAUUAAUGUAAGGACUAUAUGGACUAAAAAAAUGUACAUAUAUAUCUAUUGUAUGCCUUGUAAGGGUGAAUGCGCGUCUGCGUAUUGAUCAUUUCUAACUGUAAUUCUACUUGAAGGAAUAAGGAAGGAAGUGUCAUAUGAUAGCAAAAAACAUUGCGGGUGUGGUUUUUUUUCCCCCUCAAUAACUUAUAAAUUUACUAAAUAUAAAUUAAUAAAAUUAUAUGUUUGAAGAAUAAAUUAUAUUUAGAACAAAGCAAAAAAAUUUAGAAGGAAAAAAAAGUAAUUUUAAAUAUAAUGUGUGCUAAAAGUAUAUAUCAAUAUUUCAAUAUUAUCCUGACGUGAAAUUUUAGUCCUUAAUCUGAGAUGUUGUUGCUAAGGAGUUUUGAAUUUGCGCGUAAUGAAUGUUAUUUGUCUAACAUUCUUGAAAAUUUAAAGAAUGAAAAAAUUGAGAACUGGUAUUUAUUUCAAACAAAGCAAACUCGACUAAUUAUUAUUAAUAAAGUUAUUUAGUACUUUUUUUCAAAAUGUUUUGAGAGAUAUUAAAGUCAAAUAGAAAUGUUUAUUGUGAAAUAUAAAACUCAAACAUUUAGUCGAAUUAUUCAAAGUUAUGCCAUGCAUAUUCGAACAGAUGGGAAAAUAAUUUUGUUAUUCACAUUAUUAAUUUUACAAGUUAUGAUUGUUAUGAUAUAUGUGAUAAAUACAACUCCAUCUUCUAAAUUAAUAACGCCAACGAGACAUGAAGCAGUUAGUUUCGUAAACAUUCACUCUGCAGAGGCUCUUUAUAAAAAUGAAUUAAAAUAUGAUAAAGCACAAACAAUUAAUGGUGAAUUCACAUUAAAAGAUACUAAAACAAUAAAAUUUUUUGAAACCUAUUCAAAUUUUCUCUGCUGGAAAGAUGGAGUUAACAAUAGAGGAAUGCGAAAAAAUUCAACAAUAUAUUCAAAAAAAUGCAUAUGCAAUCAAGGCUGGCAUGGUUCUGACUGUGGUCAACCGGAAGUUGUAUGGCGUGCAAUAAUGGCCACAAAACAAUUGGUAAAAUUAAAACAACGCAAAUGGAUGAGACGAAUUAUUUAUACACUAUGCAUAAAUCAAUAUAAUUCAGCGAUAUCUGAAAUUAUUGUAAAAGAAUUAUACAAUGUUGUGGAUCUUUUUAUUAUCUGUGAUUCAAGUGAUUCAGAAUAUAAUUUCAAUUAUUCAUUAGCGAAAGGUUUAUUGAAAGUGGAACAAAAGAAAAUUUUAUAUAUCAAUACAUUUACAAAAGUGGAAAAACCAUUUAAAUUGAUAUUUAAAUAUAUUUGGAAUAAAAUACAUAGUGUUAUUAAAAAUAUACGCGAUGACGAUAUUAUUGUUAUGACUGAUCCAGAACAAAUAUUAAAUUCAAAAGCAUUAAUGUUUUUGAAAACAUACGAUGGUUGGUCACAACCAAUUGGUUUUAGAUUAAGAUGGUUAGUGUUUGGAUUUUUUUGGCAACAUCCAUUGAAAACAACAAUUAAAAAAGGAGCAUUUACAAUUGGUUUUAUGCAAGAGGCUUAUCGAAAUAAUAAUUUACUAUUACAAAAGGAAUUGGUUGAUGAAAAUAGUGAAAGAGAUGAACUUGGAUUAGUGAUUGGUGAUUUAAAUCAUUAUGGCGGUUGGUAUUGUCAUUAUUGUCAAAUUCCGGAAAAUAUAAUGUCCUCAAUAAAAUGGAAAAAUAAUUCAAAAAUUAUUAAUCCCGAUAUAAUAAUUGACAAAAAUUAUAUUGAAGAAUUAAUUGGAAUGGGUAUGUGGCUAAAUGGAAAAACAAGUCUUCUUCGAGUUCCUAGAUAUCAAGACUUCUAUUUUGCUCCUGAGGUUGUACUUAAUAAUUCACAAAAAUACGAUUGGCUGCUUCAAAAUUUCUACGUUAAAUUGGAUUAUGAUUGAAGAAAUAGUCGAUAUAAUUGGCUGUGAUAUAUAUAUAUAUACAAUUAUAUGCACUACUCAUUUUUUAUAUUAUACAAUAUAUUUAUUAUUUACAAAUCAAUUUUAUAUUGUGCUUCGAUUAUGAUAAUUAUAUUUAUAUAAUAUAUUAUUUAG